CGAGUCAGCUGAUCAGACGCAGCUUGUGACACAAGUCCACGACACGUUGACAAGACAGGGAGAAUGUUGCAUCUUCUAAUAACAGGUCUUGUGGCGACAGUCGUUAUAGUCGAGUCAGCCGGUGUGUGUCCGACUGACCCCCCGGGCACGAUAUAUGCGUGUGCACCCAUGCCCAGGUGUUUCGGGGACGCGUCCUGUGGGGCAGGGCGGAGAUGUUGUCCUCACACGUGCGGCGCCCGGUGUGUUACGAUUGUCCACUGCGAUCCGAUCGACUGCGGUGCAGUCACGUGUUCCUUCGGCUUCCAGACAGACAGUCGGGGUUGUCAGACGUGCACCUGCAGAACAUCCAAACCUUGCACUACCUUGCUGUGUAGGCUGAAUGAAGCUCUGGGAUAGGGACAUCACUUGCAGGACACGACCAGCACGCCUAUCUGUCAACUCUAUGCAUGUAGACAUCCCAUGCUGUGAACUAGAAAUAAAUCGACAACUAUUUA